AUGCGGACAGUACAGCUGGAUGGAUAUACUCGAGCUGCCCGUGAUUAUGAAGUGUUCGAGACGACCACCCCGCAAGUUGUUCCGAGGACACCUAGAGGAGGACGGCGGCUGGUUAGUGUUUCUAGGAGAAGACGGCCUAUUGACUCUAGUACAGAGGCUACAGUCUCGCCAAGAGGAGACGAGGGACAAGAUCAGCGCACCAUUCUCAGAGUCCAGAAGAGGAGGCGUCCAGUCGCCAUCGAUACCACCACAGUUUCAGCAGUUUCUAUCACGGAGGUCAGAGAUAGCCUUCGCAAGACUAAAGUUUAUAAGAGAAGGCGUCCACUUCCCAUGAAUGCUGUCACCACAGAGCCUUCACUUCUGGAGGAGGAUGCGUCAGGCAACCAACGCGGAUAUAGGCGUGUGCGUCCAUCAUCACCUCAACAAGAAUCAACGAACCAGCAACGCAGCACGACCAACAGCGAGAGUUACAAACCAUCAACACGAAGCAGUUCCAAAUCGGAGGAAACGUUUGUAGGAGGUCGAAGAAAACAUGUCGGUAAAGUUAGGGUCAGGGGAAGGAGGCCACUGUUGAGCGAUUCUGUAACAGGUGUUGGAUCUUCUGAGAAAGCAGUUGAAGGUGAGGGACUUGGAACUGUACCGACGACAACUGUGGAAACACCACAAAGUACUACUUUAGUGGUACCGGAAGUUCCUAAACCUCACACUCUGCCCUUCAUAAGCAACACAGUAGAGGCCACAACCAGCAGACGAGUUUUCUCACAUUCAAGACGCCCAUUUUUUGGUAUCCGCCGAGCCAUAACACCUAGUAUAGCUCCAUUUGUUCAAGCAGAACCCACCUCCCCUACGACCCCCUCUAGUCUUCAGGAGGAGAGUAGCACUGCUGGAUCUGUGACAUCUUACACUCCAACAGAAAGGGGGGACACUAUCACAGAAGGAACGACUGUAGAAAGGAUCAACAUGUCCACCACUUCAUCCACCAUUCAGUCUAGUACACAAAUCACUGGCGACACCCUAUCAGAGGAUGAGGGAGUCCAGUCAAAAAAAUUCACACCAAAAUUUGGAGGAGCCAAGGGACGUCACCCUGGAAGGAGAGUCGGCCUCGGAAGCAAAUAUUCGAAAGAACAACGAAAAACCACCCCUGAGCCUAAUGGAAUUGGCCUAACUUCUGGAAGGACUAAAGCAUCUACAGUGACUACUACCAGCGAGCGACCGACUAGAAAUAUUUCAGACCGUUUUGUAAAAUCGAGGACGCUGAACUCACUGAGAAAUAGGAAACCGAUAUCGCUCCUUCGACGAAAUAACGUGAGCAACGUAACUGAAGUGCUGACAGCUGCCAACAAGUCCUUGGACGAGCACACGGUUGAGAAUGAGAGCCCAGUCGCCUCAGAUGGUGGAUCAGCGAGUUUUCUGAAUACGUCUGUGGUGGACAAUAACACCACAACUGAUUCUCCAGCACCAUCCACAAUUAAGGGUAAAGAUCGUUUGAAGAAAAUUAAGAGACCUCUGACAGUAACAAAAACAGGAGGUCUUCCAAAGUUACCUGCUCUCAAGAAGAUUUCGUCGAACUUAACAGAAGAUGAAAAAGCCGAGACCUCAACGAUAUCGGAAAAAGGGACACGACUCAAGGGCAGGAAACCGACCAGCCUCGAUAAGCUACUAAAAAUGAGAAGGCCUCUUCCAACAUUAUUGAGGAAGUCUCAAAACGAGUUUGUAUCACCUGCACUUGAGAAUGUCGAGAGCAGCAGCAACAGCGAAACAACAAGUGCAAUAAGUACUUUACCAACAUCAGCAGAUACCACCCCAGGCCAAACGAUUGCAGAAGAAAUUGAAACCACUACUGCAGCAGCUGCCACAUCCUCUUUGCAGACGAAUAUAGACGACGGUGCUCCUAACGUGAUCAGGAAACUGCCGAAAGGAUUUAAACCGUCACGUUUCAGGCCGACCAUUGGUGAACCGAGAAAAAUUGGAAUCAAGGAUACACCUAGACAAGGUGUACGUGGUCGACCUCGCCUUACGCCCUCGAGUGCAGUGAAGAAAGGAGUUAAUGGUACUCAAGCGACAGUUCCUUUGAAAACUGGACUCUUCGGUAACAGGAAACCCUUUUCUGGUUUAAAACCAUCCUUGCUUAAGUCGACGGGCAGGUUCAACAAGAAACCAACUGAUCCUGCUGACGAGAACACCGAAAUACCAACAACGUCGGUGAAAGAAAUGACAGAGGCUUACAAUGCCUCACUAAAAGUGGCAGAUGAAGUGAUAAAAGAUUUUGGUGUCAACACUGCCUCAACAGUGGAGGAUGAGGAAGUUCAGAAUGUGACCACCGACAGACCCACUGUAACUACGGAAGAAACAACUACGUUUCAGGCAAAGAACGACAGUCUAGGAAACGAAGUGGAGGGAACCUUAGAUUCACUAGUAGGUCCCUCCUUGUCCCCACUGGAGGAGAGCAGUACCACCACGAGGAAAACUUUCUUCUUUCCCAGGGCGCGAGGCCGUGGCAAUGACAAAUCCUCCAAGCUCAAGAGUCUCCAGAAACUACUAUCGGUGCUUCGUCAGAAAUCUAAUGGCGGAAUCGCAAGUACUACAGUGAAAUUCGAUACUGAAACAGCGCAUCCGACGCCAGAGGUGCAGAGCGAACUGACCAGUGAUUCGGCAGGCGGUCGUCCAUCCGAUCUUCAGAAUACCGUUUCUCAAACAGAAAUACCUAUUCUGGGUAAAACAACAGACACAACUGAAGAAUCCACUUUCACCACAGUAAUAGAAACUACUGUUGUGCCUGUUGUUCGCGAAGGCAAUGUCAGUCGGUUGGGAAUUACGGAGAAUUACGGGAAUACAUUCCUGCAGCUCUCUAUGACGACAGAGACUGCUGCUUUUUCUGUACCCGAAAAGUCAGAUUCCGAAGACAACACUACAACGGUAACGAAAAUAUUUGAAGCCGAAACGGAAACGAACUUCACGGAAACGACUUACCCAGAAACAACCACAGAAAGCGGUGGGAGACUGGUGCUGAAAGGAUCCGAUUCUUUGGAUGCUGAGAACAGUGGAAUGAAAUGCUCGAGUAUGUCAGGGGAAUCAAUGACUACCAAUGAGCACUUGAGUUCUCUGCAGACAGGGGAAAAAAUGAAGGAUAACGCUAGUUUCCUUUGUGGUAAGAAUGUUAGAACUGACACCACGGAAUUGCCCCUCUCUGUUACAAAGAGACCGGGUGCAGUUCCACCCACUCUCGAAUCCAGCACAGAAGUACUAGGUCAGUUGACAACCAUGGUUUAUGAAGAAACCGCAACAGUAACUAAACCAUCGCUAACGUUCCAGAUGGCAACACUGUUGCCAGAGUUGACCGUUCCAGAAGAUUGGACGGAACCCACUAGCACUGAAGCUACUGAGGGCACUGCACCAGGAUCAGAGAGCCAACGUUUUCCUCUCACAGACAUAGUACUGCAUAAUUUGACAAAGGCUAUCAGCCAACUGGCAAAUGAGAUCGAUUCAGUUUACACAGACGUCAAUGUAGCUAGCGAGUUCACGUCAGCACCUACGACAGAUUUACCAAACAUUACUGAGCAAGCAACUCAUACAAACGUAGAACUAAAUACCUCCAAUCCUCCUGGCAUAGAAAAUGCAGUUUUGACAACAGAAACGCCGAUCGCAACGGAUACUGUGAAUGCAGAAACAGUACCGCAACAAUUUAGCACUACAUCCGAAACAACUACAACCGAGGUUAAUACGGAAGACCCUGGUACUACUAUCGGAACUACUGUAGAGAAUACUUACAGUGCUGUUGUAAAAGUAACUGAGCUUCCAACUGCGACUGCUGCAGUACUCGAAGAAGUGACAGUGCCUCCCGCACAUGCUGUGAAUGCAGAAACAGUGCCGCAACAGUAUCACACCACGUCCGAAACUACAACCCAUGCUAUUACAGAAGACCCUGCUACUGCAAUCGGAACCACUGUACAGAAUAUUUACAGUGCCGUUGUCAAAGAAACUGAACUUCCCACAGCAACAACUGUAGCACCAGAAGAAACCAAAGUGACAUCCAAAAUGGACCUUGAGCAAAGCACUACUUCCAUGCAAGGGCGUAAUGUAUUCACGGAUAGUGUACAUACAGAUAAGGCACUGGCUACCACUGAGGUCCCUGACAUGUGGAUAGGAGUCACAUCUGGAAGUGUAACUGAAGUUUACGAAACUAUGGCAACACAAACUGAGAGUCCAGAUUCAGAGGCAACUGAAGGGAACUUGUCUGAUAAUUCACUUCCCACUACAAGUCCCAUUACAGAAGAAAACGGAAGAAACAUAACAAAAUUUGUGAAUGGGUCGCUCGCAGAUCUUUCUGACGACCAGUCAGAAUUUGAUUCGAGUUUUUCAAGAGGAAAGACCACCAUCGUCCCGACAGUUGAUGAAUUCCGAACAGCAGAUACGACUGUAGUCCCAGAUCUGUCGACCACAGCCCUUGUGCUUGAGGUGCAAGGAGAUGACAGAGGAUACUCGCAACUCUCAACCAUUGAUGACAUAGUAACAUAUGACAACGGUGCGUCCGCUGUAAUGCCAGAGUCUGAUGCGUUUAAUGAUGUUAACAACUCGUACACAGUAAAGGGAGACCAAGGAGCAUUGUUGGGUUUCGCAUCAGGAGCGGAACAAGAAAAUCUUACUACAGAAUCUUCGGCCAAUAACGGCACCACGGAAGCAACCGUUUACCAAACUCGGCAACCGGUCACGAAUGAGGCAGUGACAGAGCCGGCGACGGAAAGUGAGACUCUUGAACCUUCUACCCAGAAGAAUGCAUACGUCAAUAACACUACUGAAAGUGACUCAAAUUAUAUUUUGGGUUAUGAAAUGGCUACUGAUCCUGACACUGUUGCAGCCAAGGUGACUGAAGUAGGUUUACCAUCGAUCACUGUUCAGACAAUCAAGCCCGAAGAGAAUGAUCUAAAAGCGAACGAAGUAAAUUUUGACGACAGCUUAUACCUGCCAACAACACCGGUUAAAGACGCGACAUCACCGACCCAGAGAUUAGAACCCACUAAUACCGAUUCAUCUGUCAGCACAACGACAGAACCCGACCCUUAUGUAUCUGCCUCCAGUAUAAAUUCAGCGGAAGAAAUGCCCACAUACAGCUCUCUUCCAGAUACUGCAUCAACAGCAAAUGCUUCCCCUGAAGAUAAGAAUACGGUAUCAUCCGAAGACAUCACUUCACCAGCAUUUUCAGACAACACUGUAACAGCCAGUACUCCAACCGAGCCUGGUAGUCCUCUGCCCGAAAAGACCACCUCUCUUACUUAUUUUGGAGACGAAAUUACGACAAUGUCCACUCCAGUCGCUGAGGAUUCAGAAAACUACGCUUCUUCUGGUCCGUUUCACAUUCAGACGGUCACUUCAUUCAAUUAUUUACUGGGUGAGAGAGCCCAUUUUCUUAAAGAGACCACUUUAUCUCCAUUUGCUGAUCCACUGCUCACCUCCAUGGGCAACGAAGAUGACCGAAAUGAAGAUCCUUCUGCGUGGCACUCUUCAUUCGCAGAAUCUGAAAGCACAACGGCCGAUCAUGACACCUCAUUUUCACCUACAGUUACUGCCGCAUUUCCAAUGACGUCAGAAACUGUAGAUGGCGUAACUGAUGUUACGUCAGUUCAGUUCAGUAACACCAAACAGGACUCCAGAGAAGACGAUGACGUGGUAAAAUACCGAGAUAUUGAACCUAAUUCAAUCUACACAGAUGUUUCCGCGCCCAUUUUUGCAGAUAGUGUCCAAUCAACUACACCGCUAUCUCCGAGUAAUUACACUGAACAAUGGACGGAGAGAAUCGAAAACAAUGUUACUAUCAAUCGAGAUGGUAUAGUCACUGGAAUUACUGAUGCAAACUUCAUAUAUAUGGACACCACGAAAUCACCGUCUCCAGAUUCUGAAGGCAACAAUCACCAGUUACUAACCACUGGAGCUGCGACACAGUCACAAACAGAAAGCGGUCUUGCUACUUACUGGACGGAAUCCGUUGAGUCCGCGGCGACAGAUACCCUGCUAACAAGAGAAAUCGAGCCCCUAACGUCCGAUACAAAGGAUAUAACCGAAAGUUCCUUUAGUGAUAGCAGCACAAACUACGCAAGUCCAGAUGAUGAAAGUCUACACGGAAACGGUAAUGGGAGGUUCCCAGCUCUGGAUAUCAACACCCUUGCUCCUUCUUGA